AGCAACAAAUCUGAACGAAUCCAUCUCUCCAUCGUUACAUAUCUUAUUCAAUUGAUUCUUUCUUUCUUCUGUCUUGGCACAAUGAGAUCUCCUUCUUGUUCUGAGGACAAUAGUAAAUUGAAGAAAGGACCAUGGACUCCAGAAGAGGAUCAGAAGCUUAUUGAUUACAUUAACAACCACGGGCGUGGAAGUUGGAGAUCACUUCCAAAGCUCGCUGGCUUGAACAGGUGUGGCAAGAGUUGCAGACUGAGAUGGACGAAUUAUUUGAGGCCUGAUAUCAAGAGAGGAAAAUUCACCGACCAAGAAGAGCGUAUCAUCAUUGAGCUUCACGCAACUCUCGGAAACAAGUGGUCGACAAUUGCUAGCCAUCUUCCAGGGCGGACGGAUAACGAAAUCAAGAACUUUUGGAACACUAAUAUAAGGAAGAAGCUACUCGGAAUGGGAAUUGAUCCAAGCACACACAAGCCGAGGACUGAUCUCAAUCAACUUUUGAAUCUUUCCCAGAUAAUUUCUGCAGCACCAUUUGGCAAUUUGAUGAACCCUUGGGAUAAUAUUGCUCUUAGGUUACAAACAGACGCCGCUCAACUUGCCAAAAUCCAGCUCUUGCAAAAUCUACUGCAGAUUAUGAAUGCAAACCCAUCACUUGUUCCAAACGUUGAUAGCACCAGUGCUCUUUUAGGCUCCCAAAAUCUUAACCCAUUAUUUCAAGGACUAAUGAACAAAACAAUCAAUCCUACUGAGGGUCAUGAUCAGGUGCGUCCCCAUGAUUCUUCUCUGAAUCCGGGCUCAAUCUCUCAAGCAACCGACGAAGACCUUCGGGCUCUUGCCGAUUCUUGGAACUGCUCAGAAGAUCUUGAUGCUCUUAAUAACAGCUUUAAUGGUGGUUCCUAUCGUGCUGAGAACACACUUCCUCAAUUGGUUUCAGUCUCUAAUGAGACGACAACUAUCAGCCAAAUGGAAAGCAAGGGCAACGCAACUCAUUUCUCCACCAGCUCAUCACCAGCCUCCUCUACUUUUGAAGAUUGGAAGAAACUCUUGGAUAAUGAAAGCAAUGAAUCUUAUUGGGAAAAUAUUCUAAACCUUACAUCGUCAGAGUCAUCACCAAUCUCGUGGUAGAAAAAGUUAAUUGUCAUGAUAUCAAUACUCGAUACAGGAAAGAUUGUGAAGUUUUAAUUUUUAAUUUUUUCAAGUUCUUUCAUUUACUUUGUUCAUUGGGGCAGCUUGUUUAUGCUGCCUCCGCAUAAUCAAAACUCAAAAGUUCAUAUACACAAAUUAUAAGAAAAUUGUUCAUUGUAUUAAUUUGAAUC